AUGCAGGACAUGGGCACAGCGCUCACUGCCUUGGUUCUUUCGGCGCCUGAGCCCGGGACAGACCACAUGGAUUGGUGGACUUUACUGGCAGCCUGCAUCGCCUUUCUCUGGGUUGUCUGCUUCAUAGAUGGUAACGCGGUGCUGGAGCUGCGCUUGCUCUUCCAUGCUCUGACCAAAGCCGUUUGUCACCUGUACCUGGCCUUGCUCCCGCUGCGCAGGGCGGCCACGCACUUCUACGACUGUGCACGGUACUGGUACCACCAUGCGCAGCACCACAAGGCACACCCGCAGGAGUACGUGCACCACGGCAAACCUCUGGUCAAGAAGGGCACGCUGCACUUCCUGGAGGGCGUGUGUGUGGUGUGCGAGACAGUGCCCAACCUGAUGGCCGCAGGGCUCAGUCUGGGCUCCGCGUUCUGCCACAUGAUGCAGGGCGCUUUCCACGUCCUGGCCGCCACUUUACGCACCAUCCAGCUCAACCUCUUCUCUCAGAUGAACGGGGAGAGGGAAAGAUGGGACAAAGACCGCGUACGAGCCAAAGAAGGCGAGAAAAAGCUCAACUCCAAGGUGCUGGAGUACAUCUCUGUGUUCUGUCAAGAUCCAGUCAGUGCUUUGCGAAUCAAAGUUGACGUGCCACCAGUUUACAGAUGA